AAGAAAACCCCCCUCAGAUCGGACAAAUGGGGUUUCAACAAAAUUUCUUUUUCUUCCUCUUGGUCUACCACUCAGGAGGACGCUGCAGAAACAGGGUGGCUGAAACUCAGAAGGGGAUGAGAAGCCUGAGAGAAAAGAUCAAUGAAAGAGCUGCAUCAGGCCCCAAAAAUCUGUGUAGAGAGAGAAUUCAAGGUUGCCCACCGACUGUGGCCACUUCAAGUUCAAAAAGUGAAGCUCAUACAUACUCUACUCUUGGUAACUGGUGCGUCACUACUACUGCUGUACGAGGGGUAUGGAUGAACCGCAACUUGAAACCUACAGGUUGCAGGUUUGUAGGCCUGCGAACGAAGGCACUAUCCACGAUCUAUUUGGGGACAUACACCCUCCGUCAGAGCUUUACCUCUUGGUUGGUCACCCGUACCUAUAAAAAGGAAGGACUCUCCCCAAUAUCGAAGUAAGUGACUACUCCUAUUUUCUAUAUCCUGGUUACUAGAAAUCUAAUGUCAAAUAUAUUAGGCGAGACAUCGUAGUUUUGGUUACAGGCUCAUUUACUCAUUGGUGUACACGCUCAUCCGAGAGACACACGGAGCUUUUCAAAAUCCGCCGUCCGUAAGUUAAAAUAUCAAUAAAUGUCGAAAGUUGGAAUUCCAUCGUUA